CUACACAAUGCAGCAAAUGCAAACCAGAAAGAAAAAUAUGAAGCAGAUUUGAAGAAGGAGAUAAAGAAACUACAGCGAUUGCGGGACCAAAUAAAGACAUGGGUAGCAUCCAAUGAGAUCAAAGACAAGAGGCAGCUCAUUGAAAACCGGAAACUAAUCGAGACGCAAAUGGAAAGGUUUAAGGUAGUAGAACGUGAAACAAAGACAAAAGCGUACUCUAAGGAAGGUCUUGGUUUGGCUCAGAAGGUGGACCCAGCUCAGAAGGAAAAAGAAGAAAUUGGGCAGUGGCUAACGAGCACAAUUGACACAUUGAAUAUGGGUGUGGAUCAGUUUGAAAGUGAAGUGGAAUCUUUAUCUGUACAAACACGGAAAAAGAAAGGCGACAAAGAUCAGAAGCAAGACAGGAUCGAGGGAUUGAAGCGGCAUAUAGAGAAACAUAGGCAUCACAUUCGAAUGCUAGAAACCAUCCUGCGAAUGUUGGAUAAUGACUCCAUCAAUGUGGACGCCAUCAGGAAGAUUAAGGAUGAUGUAGAAUACUAUGUGGACUCUUCCCAAGAACCUGAUUUUGAGGAGAAUGAGUUCCUAUAUGAUGACCUUGAUUUAGAAGACAUUCCACAGGCACUGGCAGCUACUUCCCCACCGAGUCACAGUCACAUGGAAGAUGAGAUCUUCAAUCAGUCUAGUAGUACUCCCACCUCCACGACAUCAAGCUCUCCUAUUCCACCAAGUCCUGCAAAUUGCACGACAGAAAACUCUGAAGAUGACAAGAAAAUUCGUGGCAGGUCUACAGACAGUGAAGUUAGUCAGUCACCAGCAAAGAACGGAUCUAAAAGUAUACAUAACAGCCAUCAUUCUCAGUCCCCGGCAGUAACUCCAAGUUACCAAAUAGGAAGCAGUUCCAGCACGUCAUCUUCUCUGGGAAAUGGCCCAGGUACAAACAGCAAUGGCACAGUAUCGAACAGCAGUUGUACAACCAGUAAUAGCAGCACCAACAACAAAAACAACCCUCCCAGUGGACCCACAUCUGGUACACCUACUCCUUAUGCACAGGCAGUGGCUCCUACCCCAUCUAAUGCAAAUGCAUCCCAGCCUAGACCUCCCAAUGUCCAGCUCAACACAAGCAAACAAAAUGGAGCAACAAGUUACAGCUCCGUAGUAGCAGAAAACGCCACAGAUUCUGCACUUAGUAGUAGCAGUCAAUCACAAUCAAGCCAGUCUGUGAUUCACAACCCACCAACAAGCACUGCGAAAGAGACAAACGUCUCUCAGCCAUCCAGCAACAACAGCUGCACCAGCACUGGAUCAAGUUUACUAUUACCCUUAAGUGUAAACUCUCCAAGUUCUCCAUCACCAAUCUUCAGUGACCCUAAACCCAAUCAGCCACUUCUUAACGGCCCACCUCAGUUUAGUUCUACGUCGGAGAUAAAGGCACCUGAGCCCCUAAGUACACUGAAAUCGAUGGCUGAACGAGCAGCUAUUGCAACUAAUUUAGAAGAUCCAGUGCCUUCUAUGCACCUGGCCGAGCGAGAAAUCCUCAUCACUACAACCACGACACAGCCAGCUGCCAGCCAACCCUCAACGCAGCUUACCGAAGUGAACAUCCCUCUCUCUCUGGGUGUGUGUCCCUUAGGCCCUGUCCCACUCACCACAGAUCAGCUUUACCAACAAGCUAUGCAAGAGGCUGCAUGGCAUCAUAUGCCACACCCAUCAGAUUCAGAAAGAAUAAGACAGUACCUCCCACGGAAUCCAUGUCCAACUCCUCAAUAUCACCAUCAGAUGCCUCCACCUCAUUCAGACACAGUGGAAUUCUACCAGAGACUUUCUACGGAAACUCUUUUCUUUAUCUUCUACUACCUGGAGGGCACUAAAGCACAGUAUUUAGCUGCUAAAGCAUUGAAGAAACAGUCUUGGAGGUUUCACACCAAAUAUAUGAUGUGGUUUCAGAGGCACGAGGAACCCAAGACAAUAACUGAUGAAUUUGAGCAGGGAACAUACAUCUACUUUGACUAUGAAAAAUGGGGCCAGCGGAAGAAGGAAGGUUUCACCUUUGAGUACCGUUAUCUGGAAGACCGUGAUUUACAGUGACCUUUUCUACAUCACCAAACCUCGCCUUCCGGUUUCACAGAGGCAGACAGCAAAAUGGGGAAUGCAGAGGGUAGGGGCCGAAGAUAUCUCUUCAGUCUCAUUCCCAUGAAGAGCUGGGAGGAGAGAAAAUAUGGACAAACGCUUAAAUGCAUGCAGUUAAAAAAAAAA